AUUUGUAUGAACCCUCGGAGCAGCAGCAUCACCCCCACACUGUGAAUAAGAGUCGGAAGCAAACGCAAAGAGAAAAAGCCUUCCAGCAGCAAUGUCAGAAGCUGGGGCUGCAGGGUGGAGCAGCCUCUGUUCCUCCUGAGCAGUUGCUUUCUGCACCAAAACACAAGCCUUGCCAUCCUCAGCAGCCUGUGCCACACCUCAUAAAAAAAAAAAGGCAAGGUGAUAACCGAGACCAGCACAAGGAAGUGACAUCCGUAGAUCCUUGUAAUGGCAGUGACAAUGCGCAGACUCGCCCUGCGAUGCCGAACUCCAAGGUGGAGAAAAAGAAAGUGGAACUGCAAGAAAAAUCACGAUGGGAAAUCCUCCAGCAAGAGCAGCGUCUGAUAGAAGAGAAGAAUAAGCGCAAGAAAGCACUCCUGGCCAAAGCUAUUGCUGAGAGAUCCAAAAGAACUCAAGCUGAAACAGUGAAACUAAAAAGGAUUCAGAAGGAGUUACAAGCUCUGGAUGACAUGGUAUCUGCUGACAUUGGCAUCCUGCGGAACCGCAUUGAUCAGGCCAGCUUGGACUACUCCUAUGCCCGGAAGCGGUAUGAUAAGGCUGAGUCGGAGUACGUGGCAGCCAAGCUGGACCUCCAGCACAAGACGGAGAUUAAGGAGCACCUCACAGAGCACCUGUGCACGAUCAUCCAGCAGAACGAACUCCGCAAGGCCAAGAAGCUGGAGGAGUUAAUGCAGCAGCUGGAAGUGGAGGCAGAUGAGGAAAAUCUGGAACUUGAGAUAGAGGUGGAGCGGAUGCUGCAGCAGCAGGAGGCAGAAGCAGGGAGGCAAGCCAACCAGUCACACAAUCAUGCUGGGACAGCUAAGGAAAACCCCACUCCCAGUGUUACGGCGCAGGAGAGUGAGCAUGCUAACCGUGCUGGUGCUUCUCCAACUGUUUCUGACCAGUUGGUUCAAUCUGAAAACUCCGGGACCAAAUCCCUCUCCAGCAUGGACAGCCAAACUCAAGCAGUAAAAGUGACUCCAGGAAACUCCCCAGCUUGUUCUGGUACAUGA